UUCGUUGGGUCGCUCGAUUGAUCGGUUUCCAUCAACAGCCAUUCAGUAGAUGUUCAUCACUUCGUUAAGACAAUUCAAAGGAAUCGGUCGUUGGGUUCGGAUCUUAUCGUCUUUGAUAUUAAUUGCUAGUAUUGCUUCUAAUCGUUAAGUGUGAUAAAUAAGAAAUAAAUUAACGGAACGGAACAAAAGAACUUUUCCCAUAGAAUGCUCUGCUGAAUAUUUUUGUCGCCUUAAAACAAAAAAAAAAAAAAAUGGAAUUAAAUAAUGUAACUAUCGAUGGGGUUGCCCAAAAUGUUGCUGUCACAACGAUUGGCGGAAAAUCAAAUGACACCGAAAACAAAGCGAAUGGCACAAAAAGUACGGAGAACAAUAAGCUGUUAUACGGCAUAAACGAUAAUCCACCAUGGUAUCUGAGUAUAUUUCUGGCAUUCCAACAUUAUUUGACAAUGAUCGGUGCAAUUGUUUCGAUUCCGUUCAUUUUAACACCGGCCCUUUGUAUGUCCGACGAAGAUCCAAAUCGUGGUAUCAUUAUAUCGACAAUGAUAUUUGUAACGGGUAUUGUGACGUAUUUUCAAGCCACAUGGGGUGUACGUUUGUCGAUUGUUCAAGGUGGUACGAUUUCGUUUUUAGUGCCGACCCUGGCCAUUCUUGCAUUGCCACAAUGGAAAUGCCCUCCGGAAGCGGAGAUCGAAGCAAUGGAUGAUGAUUCGAAACAGGAGCUGUGGCAAAUACGUAUGCGUGAGUUGUCGGGUGCCAUCGCCGUUUCGGCUAUGGUGCAGGUUAUUUUGGGUUACACAGGGCUGGUGGGAAAAAUUCUGCGAUUUGUAACACCGCUGACCAUAGUGCCCACAGUGUCGUUGGUGGGUCUAACAUUGUUCGAACAUGCCGCCGAAACUGCUUCCAAACAUUGGGGCAUUGCUGUGGGAACAACAGCCAUGUUGACUUUAUUUUCCCAAAUAAUGUCAAAUGUUGCCAUUCCGGUGCCAGCUUAUCGCAAAGGUCAUGGUAUUGAGUUUAGACCUUUCUUGCUGUUUCGCCUGUUUCCGGUCCUUUUAACCAUUAUGAUUAUGUGGGGUCUUUGUGGCAUCCUAACACUGACCGAUGUCUUUGAAGAGGGUCAUCCUUCUAGAACAGAUGUUCGUUUAAAGGUGUUAACCAAUGCCAAAUGGUUUUAUGUUCCAUAUCCUGGUCAAUUUGGUGUGCCUUCAGUUACAUUGUCAGGAGUACUAGGCAUGCUGGCUGGCGUCUUAGCCUGUACUGUGGAAUCGUUGAGUUACUACCCAACAGUUUCUCAAAUGUCGGGAGCGCAAUCACCACCCCUGCAUGCGAUCAAUCGAGGUAUUGGUACUGAAGGUUUAGGCACGGUCUUGGCUGGCCUUUGGGGUGCUGGUAAUGGUACAAAUACAUUUGGUGAGAAUGUUGGUGCCAUAGGUGUCACUAAGAUUGGUUCCCGUCGUGUCAUCCAAUGGGCUGCCUUUAUUAUGAUUCUGCAGGGUGUUAUUGGUAAAUUUGGUGCGGUGUUCAUCCUUAUCCCCGAUUCCGUUGUGGGCGGUAUAUUUUGUGUUAUGUUCGGUAUGAUUGUUGCCUUCGGUCUGUCCACGCUACAGUAUGUGGAUUUACGUUCAGCACGUAAUCUCUAUAUUUUGGGUUUGUCGAUUUUCUUCCCAAUGGUCCUGUGUAAAUGGAUACAAGAACAUCCGACAGCCAUUCAAACGGGUAAUGAGACGGUGGAUUCAACAUUAACGGUGCUCUUGGGUACCACAAUUUUAGUCGGUGGUCUAUUGGGUUGCUUUUUGGACAAUGUUAUACCAGGUACUGCAAAGGAGCGUGGACUGGUGGAUUGGGCCAAUGAAAUGCCACUUGGUGAUGAUAACAUAAACGACGGCACUGCCACGGAUUAUGAUUUCCCCUAUGGCAUGGAAACACUGAGACGCUGGAAAUGGACCUACUAUGUGCCCUUCUUACCCACAUAUAAACUACAAAAACAAAGCUGAUUUCUAAAUAAGCACAAUGCACAGAUGAAAAAAAACGAAAUAUUUUUUAUUUUAUCCAGUACCUAUUGUUAUUGUUUUAUUAUAAUUAUUGUUUUGUUGUAAAUUUACCAUCUACAGUUUAUGUUUAAUUUUAAAUAUUAUUCAAAUGUACUUAAUAAAUAACAAAAUGUUGUAUCAAA